AUGGCUGGCUUGCACCUUGAGACCUUGACAUUUUCGUACGUCGCGACCAAUCCUCCGCCAUCAAAAGAUGAGGCCAGAAAUGGACGUCUGCUUCUGGAACAUUCCUUGAUUGAAAGGCUUCAGAAACCUCAAAGACGGAUAGCGAACGGUUUCGAAGAUAUCAAGAUACACAAUGCUCAUAAAGCGGCGAUUUCAAUUUUACAAGGGGACCCGGCGGACAUCUCGAUUUCGUUGCCUAAUUGCUUUUUGGUUCUGGACCUCAAACCCUUUCACUUGACACACAUUGGCUUCAGGCUGCUCACUCGAAACCGAAAUAUGGCCCUGCGACCGGCAACAUGCUUUGAUCUCAGGGAGGCAGUAUCGCUACAGCCUCUCAGGGCGCUAGUCGCGCUUAUGGCUGUUAUAAGGCUACAGGUUGGCCGCCCGAACCCGAUCCCGGAUCUACCGUCUUACGCAGGCUCACAAGUCCAUCCUCAAUCUAUGGUCAUCCAUGGAUCAAUUUUAUCCAUCAAGGCAACACUCAAACCUGCUUCCUGGAUUGCGGAGGGUCGGUCGUUGGCACAUCCUCAUGGAUCCUUCGCAGCAUCUUGUUCAUCCUUCUGGGAGAGAAAUAAGCUUGAUGCCAAAAACUCUCGUGGGGCACAUCCAGGCUUCCAGAUGACCUCGCCUGCGGCAUCUUGCCCAGAUGUUGUUCGGAAGAGGAAGAGUUACGAAUCAUUCUGCCAUGUCUUCAAGUCCUUCCCAAACGAUAAGUCUCUUUCUGAUUUUCUCUUAUAUAAGGGCAAUCGAGAUCCUGCGGACGCCAAUUCACACUGGACGGGCGCGACGGAGGAAAAGGUGCUGGACGAGCAAGACAUCAACGCCUGGCUGGAGCAACAAGGGGAUAAAUCAAGCACUACUACCGCUCUUGACGCCCUUGACGGUCUCGAGCCCAGGUUUGCCUCCGCAUACACUCCCUCGACGCGACCCAGAAGCCCUGGCACGAGUAGCCCUGCUUCACCCAAGAAAAGAAAUAGAGGAAGCGAGCCAUGGCAGCAGAGGUAUGUACCGCAUACCCUCCGCGAGGUUGGAGCAUUUGCAAGCAGUUCGGAAGCAUCUCCGGAGAAGAAGAAGCAGAAGCGAAUGGCAAAAUCGAGACACCGGCCGCUGACUGGCUGGUUCAAUAAUUGGCUUUAG